AUGGCUAUGCAAAAUAUAUUUCGCAAAAGCUUGCUGUGUACCAGGAAACCCGGCUUAAAAUUAGCGACGUCGUUUGCCCAGCCGUUACGGUUAUCAAGCACCGUGGGCGGCUGUAUACUACCGACGAAAGCAAAGAAAGCGCCCAGCAAACCUAAACUAAAACGCAAAUGCAAACUACAAAAAAUUGCCAUUUGCAGUGAGGAAGCUUUGGCGGCAAAGAGGAAAACAAGGCCUUGUAAAGAAAAAAUCAUACCAUCGAACCUUGAAAACCCCGAGUGCUGUAAUAAUCCAUGUGUCGAAAUGCAUCCACGAUUUGAUGAUUUGUAUUAUGCGCCGUCCGAGAAGAAUAAACCAUAUCAACAAACCUGGUGUGAAUUCAGCGGUUUUCGAAUAGAAAAACACCCCACAUGUUGCUAUGAGCAGGACGAUAUACCACUGCCGAAGCGGCGGAAGUUGGGCCAUAAGGAUAUUUCUCAAUCACAAGUGCGUGAUAUUGCAAGGCAAUGUCCCAACAAUUUGAAUCCGAAAUGUUGGAAAAUUAUUUGGCCUGGUUGUCGUACGAAAAAAUGCGACUUCAAAUGCCACGACUUCCCUGGGCCGCAAGAUUGUUUGAAAGUCUGUACACCAUAUCCGAGCUUUUCGGAAUGUGACAAACCUCUUCCCAAGGCAUUACCUCCGGUAGAAUGCGAUUGUCUCAACACCAAAGGUUAUUGCCCAAUGCAACAAAAAGAAAAAGCGUAAUGUAACUAAGAAACUUGAAAUAAAUAAUUCGAUAGUGCAAAGUAAAAUUUAU